GAAGGUUGCUGGGUUUUGUCAAAUGACUGGCAAUCCUCCCCGGCUUUUUUCUAGCUGCUCAGGAAAGAGACCUGACUACGCCCAACGACGGAGCCAUGGUGCAGAUUCGUGAUCCCACAAGGCUUGCCAGAGAAAGCAAUUCUCAGAGUGUCAAUAAGGACGAUGCCCUGGAGGCUCGGCGAUGGAGAGAACGGAGCGAGGAAAUAGGUCGGCGGCGAGCCGAUCCUGACAGGGGACCUUUGUCAAUCUGGAGAGCCGAUGACGAUGAAGAAGAGGAAGAAGAGGAGAGCGACGCUGUAUUUCAGCCACUAAGCGAAGAGGAGAAGAAGUUGAAAAUUAUCAGCGAUAACCACGGCGAGAUUUUCACCCAUUUCAAAAGCAAGCCAUCGUACAAGAACGGGUCUCUGGAGGACUGUUUCAGAGAUGUCGAUGGAAACAAUGACCGGGCAGAAUUUGAGGGCUUCGUCAAACAGCACCGCCCCUAUUUCGACGCGGUCGGAAAGGAUCAAGAAAAUCUGCUUCACUAUCUUGCAAAGCAAGCGAAAGGGCGUCCGUUGGUUAGAUGGCUCCACGGAGAGUGGCCCCAUCUUGCUUUGCAAAGAGACGCGGCCGGAAAUACGCCUCUCUAUUUGGCUAUUACCCGACGUCAGAAGUGGUUUGUCCUCGUUAUGCUCGAGUCGCAGUACUCCCUUGUUGAGACCUUAGGGAUAGUUGGCGAGAAUGGCAACACAGUGCAUCGAAUGCUGCGAGAGAUGCUCCCUGUGACUGAUGAAUUGGCAAUUGCUCUGAAAAUUGCCCUAGACAAUGAACCGUCAACAAACGCGAACUCGCCUUUCGGGGACGUCUUUCGCUGCAGAGACAACGAAGGUCAAGCGCCACUCCACGUGGCAGUCAGCCUUAUUUCGAAGCCGACCAUUCCACCCAUAGAGGAUAUCCGAGCCCUGAUGAGAUUCGUCCGAAAUAUCGUGGAGAUGGACCCAUCGACCUUGCACGAACUGAACCAAGAAGGCCACACGCCACUACAUCUUGCCAUCAGCACAAUUGGGGACGCGCAGUUCCGAAUAGCGACGUCGAGAACUGCAUUACUUAGUUCAUGGACCUGCGAAAUGAUUCAGCUAAGUCCCAAAGCCUUCUUGGUGAAGACUGCCACAGAUCAGAGUCCUUAUCAUUUGCUCGGGAGCGCGAGGGAUGACAAGGCAUGCGAGCCCCUGGUUGAAGAAAUGAAGAGGCUGUAUAUAAGAGCUUUGCCGAACGAGGAACUGAAAAAUCUGCUAUAUUCCCAAUGGGACUGCGAGACAGGAUCGGCAAGAUUCCUAUCACAAAGCGAAAAACGGGUCUACUUCGAUCUUUCGACGACUCUCGAGACCAAUCUCACAUAUGAAUAUUUUGAAGCACUCAGCAAGCACGUUCGGUUUGAAACAAUCCUCCACCAUGUCGAUCUGCCGAACAUGUCUGUGCAAAAAGGCGAUAACUGGUUCAAAGGCGCCACUGACUUCAAAGACCGGUUUAAGGCUAUUCGAGACCUGACUGGAGUAGGAAGAGCAGAUUUUCCCAAGGUCUUUAUGUGGUUACGGAAGAAUGGCGUGCAAAAGAUACUCGAGAUUCAUGCAAUGGACUCUGCUGGAACAUCCCACUGCGAUGAGGCGAUUGAACUUUCCAUCCAGGGUUUCCAGGUGGAGGUUUUGAACUGGGAACGCGUCGACAUCUCCAGCGAUGUAUUUUUCAACGCCGCGCCGGACGUCCGUGAGCUACACCUUUAUGCCAGCGGGAAUAAUGAGGUCUUAAGAGGCUGGUCAUCAAAGGAUGGUUUACCGAGAUUGAAAAAGCUUAGGAAAAUAACCUUGAACGUCCGACUGAGGCCAGAAUGAAGGGCAAUGUAAAAUUGUUCAAGGAGCGGCUAUGGCAAGAGAUUCCCGAUAUCGAGAUCGUGGAUGGAGCCAUGGUUGUUCCUGACACUCGCUUGCCAGCCAAGAAGGUCCAGAGACCGACUGCCACUAGGUACGUACAGAUUUCUAGAUUAUCCG